ACCAGACCCCCUCCCUCCUCCUCUGAAUGUAUAUAUAUGUAUAGCCCUUGACUCCUCCGUUUCCAAUAUUUCUCUCUGCUUCAUUCAGACAACUUCACAAGUUACCCCCAAAAGAAAAAGACAGCGCCGCAGGUGAUCGAUCCAACAACAGAUGGGCGAGAAAGAAGGCUCCAAGAGCGAAGGUGAGAAGAAGUCGGGCGGCGGCAGCGGCGGCGAUGUGAUCGUUCUGAAGAUGGACGUGCAUUGCGAUGGGUGCGCCAAGAAGGUCAAGAAAGUGGUCAGCAAUUUCAGCGGUGUUGGGGACGUAAAGAUCGACACUGCCAGCAACAAGCUGACGGUGACUGGGAAAGUGGAUCCCGCCAAGCUCCGGCAGCGGCUGGAGGACAAGACCCACAAGAGGGUCGAGCUCGUCUCCCUGCAGCCCAAGAAGGACGGCGGGCCUGCCGGUGACAAGAAACCGGACGAGAAGAAGGGGGACGAGAAGAAGAAGGCAGAGGACAAGAAGCCAGUCGAGAGUACGGCGGUCUUGAAGAUCAGAUUGCAUUGUGAUGGUUGCAUGAAGAAGAUAAGGAAGGUCAUCUGCAAGAUCGACGGAGUUGAAUCGGUGGCCAUGGAGCAGUCCAAAGACCUCGUAACGAUCAAGGGCACCAUGGACGUCAAGACGCUCUCGCCCUACCUCCAAGAUAAGUUCAAGCGGGCUGUCGAGGUGGUCCCGCCCAAGAAGGACGGUGCCAGCAAGGACAAAUCGGGUGGCGGAGGUGGUGACAAUAAAGGCAAAGAGCCUGCAUCGACUGAGAAGAAAGCUGACGGCGGAGGCGACAAGACUAAGAAGGAGGAGGUAAAGAAGGAAGUGGCCAGUGGCGGACUGCCACCCCCGCCGAAGAUGGAGAUCAGCAGAAUGGAGUACAAUGGCUACUCCACGCCACAGCGGCCAAUGUAUUGGUACGACGGACAUGGGCAAAGUGAUGGUUACCCACAUGUGGCUGUACCAUACCAAUACCAGGGAGGUCAUCCGAGCCAGGGAUAUUACCCGCCCAUGCACCAUAUCGAGAGCGGCUACUCGAUGGAUCCUAGAGUCAUGCACGCACCUCAGAUGUUCAGCGAUGAGAAUCCUAAUGCGUGCUCGGUCAUGUGAGAUCGAUGUGAGAACGAGGAAAAAAUUUAGAAUUAUGAUCCCGGAGUGUAAAUAGGCACGAUCAUGAGGAUGCAGGAGUAAAUACGGGAGAUAUUCGGAACCGGUGGUUUAGAUUAGGAGGCUCGACCGGGCAGCUGGCCUGGCCCAGCUGAGGGCCGGUGCAAUUGCUUGGAGUUGGUCAGUGGUCGGUUCGUGUUUGUUGGUACAAUAUUUACGAUUUUUAAUGUAAUUUUACUGAAUUAUCAAAUAUUCAUUCGCCAUGAAUUCAAAUUGUGUAGUCUAUCUGGGGAGUUCAUUAAU